AUGAGUAGUUAAGAUCUUGAAUUCGUGUAAGAGAAUUUGUAAAUUCUUAUCAAGACUGUGCAGGAGCUUUAAAGUUAGUUUUAGGGGAAGGGUAUUGAUUGAUAUUCAUAUUUAGAAAACCAAGAACAAAUUCAACUAGUAAAUAUUGAUGCAUAUACAAAAUAUAGAAUAAAUAAAAAUGCCAAAAGUAAAUCGAUGCCUUAACAAUCAAAUUUAAAUAAGGCAAAUUCAACAAAUCUGAAAACAUGACUGUUUAAAUGCUUAAAAAAGAAUUUACCAAGGUACAUUAAAUAACUCAUAUCAGCAAUAAAAUAUUUUUAUUGAUAUCACAAAGUCAAUCAGAAAUCCCAAAUAGGUCAACUACAACGAUCCAAGAGAAGUUGAAAUGUAAAAUGCAAGUAAAAUUAAUACCUUAAUAAAGAGAAAAUAAACGGAAAAUCCACAUAUGUUCAUGAUGAAGAUACAAACUAUGACGAGGAGGAUUCAGGAGAGAAAGGACCAAAUAUGGAUUAAUUAUCAGAAAUGGAAGUUCAUCCAGAUAUAUAACAUAAGGCCAUGUUAAUUUAAGAACAACAAGAAGAAAUUGAUUGUACUGUUUAUUGUCUAAAUAAGAAAUUCAAAAGGAUGCCUUAGAAGUACUCAAAAUUCAAACUGAAGUAGCAAAAGUAGUCGUUGAUCAAGGCAAGAUGUUAGAUGUAGCUGAAAACAACAUCAAUAAAUCGAACACAAAUGUUAAAGAGGCAGUUGUUGAAUUAGAAGGAGUAAAUAUCAUUGGUUUAUUUAAUUUAGGCUAAAGUAGAGCAUAAGUAAUACAUGAAAAAGGUUGCUGGUGCUGUAUGCAUUAUUCUUAUUGUUGUGGCAGUUAUUGUAGUUUGUGUUAAGUUUAUUUGAAAAAGUUAUUUAUU